GCGCAACCGAACGAGCGCAACCGACGCACUCCACCGCCCUCUCCGAAAGGAAAAAUCUCCAAAUACCGACACCAGACGCCGACGGCGAUGUCCCUCCGCAAGCGCCAGCGCUCGGCGAGCAGCUCCCGCCUCUCCGCCUUCGCCUCGCCGCCCUCCCCUCCGCCUGCCUCCUCUGCCUCAUCCCCUGCCUCGCUCUCCUUCCCCAACGCCGACCUCCUCCUCCGCCUCCACCUCGAACCCUCCUCCCCAGACGACGCCGAGGCUGAACCCGACACCGACCCUCGCGCCGCCGCGACCCCCUCUCUCGACCUGCACGUCUCAUCCGCCUCCCUCCUCCGCUCCCGCUACUUUGCCGCUCUCCUCUCCGACCGCUGGUCCUCCUCCUCAGCCACUCCCGGUCGCCUUUCCCUCGCCGUGCCCGCCGCCUCCUCCUGCUGCUGCGCCCGCCCGUUCCAUGCCCACGUCGAGGUGCUCCGUCUCCUCCACACUCUCGACUUCGCGGGUGCCAUCCGCUCCCCGGCCGACGCGCUCGACCUCCUCCCCAUCGCGCUCCAGCUCCUCUUCGACGCCUGCGUCGAGGCAUGCGUCCGCUUCCUCGAGGCCGUGCCCUGGUCUGAGGAGGAGGAGGCCCGCGUCGUCGACCUCGCGCCGCUCCUCCCCGCCGAUGAGUCCGCCGACCUGCUCGCGAGGGUCUCCCCUCCCCCCACCGCUGCUGGCCCCUCUUCCGCGGCGGGGGAGGCCGCCAGGUCGCCCUCCGAGGCGAUGCUGCACGGCCUGAUCCACUCCGCCAUCCACGGCCACCCCGUCCAUGCCGCCACCAAGGCGUUCGUCGCGAUGCUCCUCAAGGACUACCCGUCCCGGGACUGCGUCCACAAGGUGCUCGACGAGGCGUUUUUGUCGCGCCUGGAGACCGUCAAGGAUCUCAUGGGGAAGUACGCUAGCCCGGACUUCAGGGUCGCGGUGGACAGCGACGAACGCGAGGCGAUACAGAGGCUGAACUUACAGUCUGCGGUCUUGAAUGUGAAGCACCUGUAUUGGCUCAUCGAGAGGAUGGUUGAUCUCAUGGUGGCCGAUAACGCGGUGAAGCUGUGGAGUGACCAGGCUGCCCUGGCUACUGAUUUGCAGAAGUUGCUGAAUGAUGCGGACAUGUGGAGGAACAUGACACCCGGGCUUCCGAUGCUUGUGACCAGAUGCACGCUCAGGCUUGCCAAUUCAGUCGUAACUGGAGAGACUCUGGUAUCUCGGCAGGUGAGGAUGAAGCUCGUCAGAAGCUGGCUUCCUGUCCUAAACGUCUGCCGGGACAUAGUCCAACCUAUGCAUUUCCAUAAAUCAUCGAACUGCCAAGAGCUGGAGGAGGUAUUUCUUCAGAUCAUCUCCACAUUACCCGUCCCGGAAGCUCAGGAGCUGCUGCAACAAUGCCUCGGGUUCUCGACUCGCAAUGUAGACGACUGCCCACAUCUGGUUGCCGCGUUCAAGACGUGGUUCAGGCGAGCUGGUCGGGCUCCUCAAGGCAGGGAAAAUUGAGGCAUGAGCUGCUGCUGUUAGUAUUUGUGCAAUCAGUUCUUGCGUUUCGCUGUGCAUUCUCAGCUGUAACGAACUGUAGGCCUCCCUAAAUCCUCUGGAUUUAGCCUAGCGCUUGCGUCUCUGUUUGCACUGAACCUGAACUGUCAUACUCUUUCUGCUGCUGUCUAUAUAUAACCAAAGUAAAUGAUACGCCCCGUGUUUUCAA